AUGUCUCGCUUGACAUUUCUAGACAUCUCCUACAAUUAUGAUUUGGAGACAAGGCAGUCGAGCUCGUGGAUACGAAAUUUGCGAGGGUUGGAGCACCUUCGACUAGCAGAAGUGAAUCUGACAAGAGAUGUGGUAGAGAGUGUUGUUUCUCUUCCCAAUCUUACAUCACUUGUCAUGUCUGAUAUGCCAGGUACACCUCUCUCUCCUCUUGGAAACCUCACCUCACUCUCCCAUCUUGAGCUUUUUGGUACUUACUUCACUCAGCAGUCAUUUCCCAUUUGGAUUUCUAACCUUACAUCUUUGGUUUCCCUCUACCUCACUAAGUACAAUAUCUCCAGUUCCAUGCCUUCUGCUGUUUUAAGCCUUCCACACUUGAGGAACCUUGAGUUGUUUGGAAACCCUAGUCUCAAAGUCAACCUCUCUUCCAUUGUGCAACAUGCUUCCCAGCUCAGUAGCCUUUCUAUUGUACAUUCAGACGUGGGAAGAAUGAUUCCAAAUUCUACUGGAAAUAUGUCCUCAUUAACUACCUCAGCUCUUUAUGAUAACAAUAUUCAAGGUAGACUUCUAGAUUCUAUGGGGAAUAUGUCCUUGCUGACCACCUUAGCUCUUUCUGAUAACAAUAUUGAAGGCAGUCUUCCAGAUUCUAUGGGAAAUAUGUUCUCAUUGACCAGCUUGGAUCUUUCUUAUAACGCUAUUCAAGGCAAUCUUCCAAAUUUUAUUGGAAAUCUCUCACAACUUGAAUAUUUGCGUCUUUCCAGAAAUUCACUAAGAGGCAACAUUCCAUUGAGCUCUUUAGGUGGGCUACCAAAGCUUUCAUAUCUUUCUAUUGGUUCAAACCAAUUAAAUGGAAGCUUACCAUCUACUUUUGGUAAUCUCUCAUCUUUGAUCAAGCUUGAUGUUUCAAAUAAUUCUUUAAGUGGCACAUUCUUACUCUCUCAAUUAGAAAAUUUCACAAAGAUUCGUGACUUGAGUCUUUCUGAUAAUUUCUUGAGAGUGAAAGUUGAAGACUUUUGGAUCCCAAAAUUUCAACUUCAAGCUUUGUAUUUGAGUUCUUGUAAUAUGGAUGGUGAUUUCCCAUCUUUCCUAUCCACUCAAUACAACAUAGAUGAGCUUGACUUAUCCAACAAUUCUCUUGGUGGAAAUAUUCCAGAUUGGUUGUGGGGCCUUACAUAA